UUAGUGGCCCCCAAUUUCCUUCUCUGCGAUUGGGAUACGUCCAAGUGUUUGCCCUUUGUCAGUCACCAAUCCCGCCUCCCAAGACCCUGUAAUUGUGAGAGCAUUCUAUUGUCCCACUCGCCUACUCAGAACCUCUAGAUUCAUUCAUUAUCCUAUGGGUUUGGGUGGUGUCCUCUCCUCCCUACUCCUGGCACUUUCCCACUAAAAGUUGCUUUUCAGCAACAAAGACAAGCUUUCUAUAUCUCCUUCCACCCCACACGCAAGCUACCCCUCCUCCAUCUCCUUUUCCUCUGUUCUUUUUGCCUCUUAUUUGGACAAUUCUUUUCUUUUCACAUCCAUGAAUUCUCCCUCCUUCCUCUCUCCGGGGAAAACAAUCUUCUCUUCGUUUCAAACCCUCCCAAAUCAAGAACCCUUUUCUGGUCGAUUCACUGCCGUGCCGGAACAUGCAUCCUUCUCAAAAACUCUCUGUUUGAAUCCCAGUUCCGAAGCUUGCCGGCUUAAUCUCAGUAACCCUCCCCCGCAGGCCGCAACUCAACGGCUGAAUCCCACCUUUGAAGCUCUCAUGUACCCGCGGCGGCUGAAUCACGGGUACUCCUCUGAAUCCAACCGUGACUCAUCAUCUUCAGCCCAGGGAGAUCCAUCCCUUAAUUUUCUAUUUCUCAGCGUUCUUUUUGAAAUCGUCACUUCCCCAGGUUGCUUUUGGGUUAUUUGGUUUAUAUGGUUUCUGGUUAUUUCCAUGAAGGUUGGAUUGGGUUUUCAUGGAAGACUUUCAAGUGGCUUGGUGGUUCGUGAAGCUCUCCUUUGCCUCUGCCACUGCCAUUAUGUUGUGUUUGUUAACCAGCUUGGAGUUGUGGUGUAUACUACUGUCGUUGAUUAUGAUGGUUGGAUGGCCAUAAAAUCAGCGGUGGCCGUGCGAUUAAGUAUUGUUUGGUGUGUGGAUAGAGGCAGGGAUUCCAAUGACCUCUGAUGGGCGAAGUGGUGAGAGGAGGUAUGUAGAGGUGUUAAUCUCAUAAUGAAAAAUUUUCUCAAUCCACCAUUUUCGUUGAAAUCCAACACCUCUCAUAUCUUUCCUCUGUCUCAGCGGUAGUGUUUUUGAUUGUUUGAGAAGCCACCGCAAGGGAGACCCCCUCGGGAGCAAUGGCAGGUCUCUCUCUGGCUUUCUAUCUAUUUUUCCCGUUCAUUUGUGAUUUAGUUCAUUCCACGAGUCUAGAAGGGAGCAAUGGCAGGUCUUUCUCUGGCUUUUUAUCUAUUUUUCCCGUUCAUUUGUGAUUUAGUUCAUUCCACGAGUCUAGGUGUUUUGCAUUCCUCAUCGCUCAUUGUAUAAAUAUAGAACUGUUCUGAUUUGUUUGGACAUGUGGGUUGCUUUUAUAAGUACUUUGAAUGAAUCCAUGAUCAACCUUCAUAGUUCUAUCCAAUCUAGAAGUUAAAGUGGGUUCCAAUUUCUUUAUCUAAACCCUAUAUGAUAGCAAUUGUUUUAUGAGAUUGUCACACAUGGGUGUUGGCGAGGACAUAGCUCUCUGAUUUGGGUUCUUUCCCCCUUUCUCGGCUAGCUUUUAUCUCAUUCAUUGUCACAUAGAGUCAUAUAUCCUGCCUUAUUAAGUCUCCUAUAUACUGUUGUAGCCUUCUUCAUCGUGCCUUUAUUCUCAAUUUCACAGGGUUUUAUUGUGUUCGGCAAUGUAUCUUGGCUUGCUGUAAUGUUUUGUAAAAGUAUUGAUCGUACUUCUUUUUCAUCUGCAUGUCCUUUGCAUUCGAUGCAGCUCCUAAGGUGUAACAUGGUUCAUCAUCGAUUUACUCUCAGAUUGUUUUAAGUUGAAUCCUAUAAUCAUAGCUUAAACUUCCACAGAAAAUCAUUCCAAUCGACAUCAGCCGGCAGUGCCAGACAACCUGCUCCUCGAAGUCACUGACAGUGAUGGUAUUAUGCCUCUCUAUCUUUUGGGUCUUUUUAGGACAUGUAGUUCUUGGUAGUGAAAUGGUUACAAACUUACAAUUCCCAUUUUACUCAUUGAUGAGCGAGAUUGUUGUCCAGAUUUAAGCACAUGUAGGGAACUCCAAUACUUGCUGUGGUUGAUUGAUCUUUAAGGGUUAUGAGUUUGUCUAUUAUGCAAUGUGUUUGCUGCCAGCAGGUUGUAGAUUUAUCUAAGGCUGCUAUUGCAGUUUAAAUUGUGAUUAUGCAUGUACUUACAGGAUUUAUAAUUAGUGUGAUUCGAUGGCCAAAUUUCUUGCUGCCAUUUACUUUUUAUGGGAUGAUGCAACAGUUCAUUCAUUCCAACUAUCAACAUAUUUCAUCAUGCUUUAGCAACCUUUGCCAUAAUAAUUUAAUAGGAUUCAU